AUCUAGAUUUGUUGUUGAUCCCAGACAAAAGUCCAAUUGCAAUCCCCACUCCCAUCCAAUGUAUUCCUAGGCGCGCGGAGUUAGAUCAUCAUGUUCGCGGUGUAUUGAUUGAGUCCAGCAAACCACCCCCAGCGCGCGCACUCGGCCAGAAGGAGGAGAGAUCGACACAGGGCCACCUCAUCCCAGCAUGAGUAGCCCCGACGACCCCAUAGGGUUGCCUACGCCUACAUCCAAUGAAAUCUCGCGAAAACACAAUCGGCCUGAUGAUGAUGAGCAUCCGCAAAAGGUUCAGCGAAGGCGCAUAGCCUGCCAGAGGUGUCGGGGGAGGAAGGUGAAGUGCGAUAAUGUGCGGCCUAGUUGCGGGUCUUGUGUUGAGUCGGGGAGGCAGUGUGUUUAUAUUGAUGGUGGGAGGGAGAAGUCACCGGAGGCGUCUAUUCCGGCACAGCUUAUGAGCCGGCUGGAUCAGAUAUUGGCGGGGGUACAGGGUAUAACCGCAUCACUUCGUCCUCAAGACUCUAUCCAUGAGCAUCGGGUACAAGAUCCAGUUUCCGGAUCCCCAAGGCACUCCGAUAUUUCCGGCAUGACGCCGAGCUUCCAGCAUCCAGCCACGAUAGAUGAUGCUCAAAAGGACUAUCUCAGGAUCCCCAGCACCAAUACAACUGCCGAUACCAUUUUGACAUGGCCUAUUUAUGCCGGCGAAUACCCCCCAGGGUAUCUCAUCGAGGCAAUCCUUGGAAAAGGCGAGGAUGACAAGAGUGACGCAUUUGUUGUCCGACAUGGCGAAUUCGAGUCAUUGUCAGAUGAGAGGAUACCCUCUUUAAUAGACAGGUUCCUGCGCAAUGUGCACACGAAGAAUCCGAUUCUCGACGUUGAUGCUUUAAUUCAAUAUGGACAGACGGCGGCUGCGAAUGGGCCGGGGUGGGAUGCACAGUCAUGCCUGGUGCUCCUAGCUUGUGCCCUGGGUUCAAUCUCAUAUUCUUUCGAGACGUCCAUUGCAAAUCAGACGGAAAUGGGCUUAGCCGGGCCACCACCCACGUCUGCUUCGACUUACAAAAAAGAGCUCCGACAGGGUGAGUCGUGCUAUGCUUUGGCUUGUCGGAGGUUGGGUUUGUUGAAACAUACCAUUCUUGGGGCGCAGUGUUAUUUUUACUCUGCUGUAUAUCUCAUGUACACUUUUGCUCCUUUGCAAGCUUGGAAUCACUUUUGUCAGGCAUCGACUUUCUACCAGCUCAGUUUCAGGAAGAUAUCCAAGGUGUCUGAGAACCCCCGUCUAGACGGACUGAGUCUGACGCAUCGGAGACUGGAGCAGAGUCUCUACUGGUCUUGCUUCAAGUCGGAGUGUGAGAUUCGAGUCGAACUACCGUUACCACAAUCGGGGAUAGCGAGUAUAGAGUACCCUCACCUGUUCCCUUCGCCCCCAUCUCAUUCGAGGAAUUCCUCGGGAAGGACACUGCACGGCAGCGAGAUGCUGUCAGACCCUGGCUUGAUGCAAGAUAGCGAUAAAGACCUGAACGAGGAGAGAAGCUGGUAUUACUAUCUUACCGAAGUCGCAUUGAGGAGGAUCAGCAACAGGAUAUUAAGCACAUUUUAUCGCCAGGACCACACGGAUUGGAAGAAUAUAUUGCCAUUGAUCCCCAUCGCCAAAGAAUUCGAGUCGCAGAUUCUGGUCUGGUCGGCUAAUCUUCCACCGGCAAUGCAAUACGAUGUCAACUUGACAGAGGAAGGUCCUUCCAGGGAACUAAGCUGGGCAACAGGGAACCGAUUACUGGAAAUGAGAUCUUGGCUCUAUCAGCCAUUUCUCUACCAUGCCAUACACGCUGAUACCCAAACGGAUCACGUUCGAGAGAAUCCAGUCCUACAGUCACUGGUCGAGGCGGCGAUGGACUGUCACCUCGAGACAGUCCAGAAGCGGUGUUUCAGACAUCGACACCACGGGAUUUGGUUUGAUAUCCGCGCCGUCGUAACGGCGGCUUUUAGCGUCAUUGCGGCGGCUAAGAGCGGCAAGGUGACUGUUCGGGAGGAGUGGGCAGAGCAUAUUCCGACUGUCAUAGGGACGUUGGCAUUUUGGGAGGAUGAGUCCCCAGAUCUAGUGAGGACGCGACAGGUUCUGGAGAGGUUGUUUAUGGAAGUUGGGUAUUUCAAUACGCCGUAAAGGAGAAGAUUGAUUGAAUAAACAUAUUGUCUAUUAUUAGAAGUUUACACGAUCUACGAUCUAUGAUCUAAGAUCUACUAACACAUAAGGCAUACACCGUUUCCUGGAGUACUCAAGCACUAUCCGAUCCGACACCCUUCUCGCCACCAUCAAGAACCGCGGAGUCCGACUUGGGCACGUGAGCCGCCGUCGACAAACCACCCUCAUCCAUGAGCUUCUUGAAGUUCUUCUCCGCGUCCCAGUUCCACGGGGAGUCGGCAGAGAAGAGGAGAUCCAUCUGCUCGAGCGUGCGCUGGUUGGACUCGGGGUAGAGGGCCCAAACCAUAGGCAAAGUAAUAGCGUUUGCGAUACCGAAGAUGUACAGGGUCUUCUCUCCGAUGGCCUCGAACAUGACGGGGCAUAGGAGGGUCAGCCAUCCGUUACCGAUGGACCAUCCAACAACACCGAGUGCGUUACCCUUGGCGCGGAUGGCAAGGGGGAAGAUCUCAGCGGGGUAGAGCCAAGGGACGGUCAACCAGGUAGCACCAAAAGUCGAGGUGAAUAUGAACACCAUACUAGCUCCUGCGGCGCCGAAAGCCGAUGCUCUGCCAGUGUUGCCUGCGGUGGCAGCUUCGAGACCGAUGGCGGAGAAUCCGCCGGCGAGUAACAUGGCAAUACCUUGGACAAUGGAACCCCAGUAGAGGGUCUUGCGGCGGCCGAUGCGGUCGAGGGUGAAGACACAGACGAGAGUUGCAAACUAGACUGAUGUUAGAGAUAUUGAGGGGCGUUUAUCAGCGCGGAGUUGACAUACCAUGUAGAAGAUAUUGUUGAGACCCGAAAUCCACUGACUCUUGCGAGCAUCAAAACCGGCCAUACGGAAGAUGGUUGGGGCAUCUUUGGAACUUGUUAGUGCGGCUCUUUGUAUGAUGGGGAUUUUUAAAUAGGAUACUCACAAACUGUAACACCAGCAAUACCAACC